AUGAACGCGGCAAGUUCAAGCGACCAGACUCCGGUCAAGGGCCGAAAGCCCAAGGGAAUCAAGAGCCUCUCAAAGAAGCUCAAGUCAAAGCGAUCCAAACGAGUCACUCUCAAGAAACUCCCAUCGAGCUCCAAACCCGGUGGGUCUGCAUCGACAAAGCCCUUGCCCAAGAAAUCAGCCAUCCGCAAGCGAGCACGAGCUCAAAUGAAAAAGUCGGUGCGGUUCAAUAACAACCAGACCGUCCACUUUUCGAAAGCCAACGCGGUCAAGAAUGUUGUCGAUAAUGAAGCGGUCGUCGAUGAUCCGCUGCUGCUUGAUGCAGAUACCGGCUUCAAUGGUGCCGGAAUCGAUGCUGGUGCUGGUGCUGGCGCUGGUGCCGAGGUGCUCGCGGACGGCGUCGGGUUGGAUAGAUACUGCUUGAUGCUCUGCGAGCAUUGCUGCGCUAUAUUUACCGCGCUGCUCCCUGGCGUCAGAUUUAGAAUGUUUGCACAGCAAUUGAUAUCGACAUUAUUGGUGAUUUGCUCCUUGUGGGCAUAUGGGCCUGUGUUGUCCUGGGGGGCUGGCUGAGUGAAUGGAGGUGGUUCUGCAGCCAGAUAUCCGGCAGCAUUCAGAUCAGCGGUAACCUGUGCAUCGGUCCGCAUACACAGAGGGAACUGA